GAGACCCAGCCGCGGCCAGCGUGGCUGCCGCCCGUAAAGGAGCCGAACCCAGUGGGGGCGCCGCCAGAGGCCCCGUGGGCAAAAGGCUGCAGCAGGAGCUGAUGACACUCAUGAUGUCUGGUGACAAAGGAAUUUCUGCCUUCCCUGAAUCGGACAACCUUUUCAAAUGGAUAGGGACCAUCCAUGGAGCAGCUGGCACGGUAUAUGAAGACCUGAGGUAUAAGCUGUCCCUCGAGUUCCCCAGUGGCUACCCCUACAAUGCACCCACAGUGAAGUUCCUCACGCCCUGCUACCACCCCAACGUGGACACCCAGGGUAAUAUCUGCCUGGACAUCCUGAAGGACAAGUGGUCUGCCCUGUACGACGUCCGGACCAUCCUGCUCUCCAUCCAGAGCCUGCUAGGAGAACCCAACAUCGACAGCCCUUUGAACACACAUGCCGCCGAACUCUGGAAAAACCCCACAGCCUUUAAGAAGUACCUGCAAGAAACAUACUCCAAGCAGGUCUCCAGCCAGGAGCCCUGACCCAGGCCGUCAGCCUCUCCUUCUGUCGUCUUACUUUUUCCUUAUUUGAUCUGUCCUUGAUUUCUGUUAGGACUCUGUAUCUCGAGCUGUGGUGUUCUUUUUGUUUUGUUUCCGUUUUUUAAAUUAAGUGUCUAUUUGAGCCCUCGUGUCACACAUUAAAUAAAUGCAUUUUAGUUGUUUUUUGUA